AUGAAAGGAGAAAGAAUGGCAAAAAGAUCGUCAUUUGGUAACAUAAUGAGGAGAAGACUCUCUGAUAUUACCAACACUCAGUCGCCAACCGAAUUGAUUGGCUUCAUGGGAGAGCAGCCCCAGAUUUCCAAAUUGAUUGGCCUCAUAGGACAGCAGCCCCAGGCUUCUGAAUUCACUCCAGACUUAAUUAAUCAGCUUCUUCAGGCAUGCAUAUCUAAAAUCAUAGAAUUGAGUGGAAACAAAUUGCGGGAUCUGCGAAUGAAUUAUCAGAAAUUGCAGGCGCAGAACAGGAAUCUUGCUCAAUCAAACAGCCAGAUGUUAGCUGAGCUUAAUUUAGGAAGAGAAAAGCUGAAGGCACUACAGCAUGAAGUUGUAUGCAAGGAUGCCUUACUUAAAGCAAAGAAUCUAGAACCACGGGGAAAAGCAGAUCUGAACUGUCAAAAAGUUGUAUCCCAGGUAGUGGAGAAGAUAGAAGAGGAGGGAUGCCUGCCACAAGCUAACAAUGAUAUCAAACCUUGUAGUCGCAGCAGAAGGCGCACAGCAAGAAGUCGAUCUAUGGGCCCUUCUACUACAAAUCGACAAACUGUAGAAAAAGAGAAGGCUGAAACCAAAAGGUUAGAUCACUUCCACCACUUUGCCAUCAAGCAUGUCUUCCAUUCCUUUGAGCUUGAACUGGGGCUUCAACACGCCAUUCCAUUUGCCAUGGGGUUAAAACUUUGCAAGUCUAUGCAGAAAACCAUAUUCUUUCGGGUACUAUUAUACCCAAUUGAAGGAUUGGUCACUAUAUCAGAGAUUAAGAACAUUAGAAGCAAGCUAGCAGAGAAAAGUUUGCCCAUUUUUGGGUUUCAACAUUCUGUCACCUGGCGUUGUGUGAGAAGGCAAUCUGCUAGAUCACGAGAGCGGGAGCCUGCGGAGAACUUGUUUGAGAUAGAGGAUGUUAAGUUUCCAGUCUGUAAUUCAAGAGCAGAAAAUGGUCCAACUCCAUCUAUCAUGAAGGAUGUUAAGUUUCCAGUCUGUAAUUCAAGAGCAGAAAAUGGUCCAACUCCAUCUAUCAUGAAGGAAGAAACUUGUGAGCCAAGGAACGAAACACAAGUAUCGCAUAGAUCUUCUAUAGGAAGGCCCUCGCGAAGAGCAGCUGAGAAGAUACAAUCCUACAAAGAAGUUCCAGUUAAUGUAAAAAUGCGCAGAGCUGAAUGA